AUGUCCGAAUUUGCGAAGCUAUGCAGUGAAGCGAUAAAGGAAGACCUGAAAAAGAAACGAGCAGCAGUUAAAGACGAAGCUGGCGAGGCCAGAAAGAUCAUUCGCAAUGCCCGACGCAUCUUCGCCAAUUAUAAGGGCAAUGGAGAAGGCUAUCUACGAAUUCUACUCGGAUCGCGCAAAACGUAUACGUCGUCCCUUCAGUUUUCCCAUCCAAAACUCAUGCUACCACCUCGACAGAGAAUUGCACGGCUCCGAUCGCGAUAG